AUGCAGAAGCUGGCGACGGAGCGCGACAAGCUGGCGCAGUGCGUGCUCUUCCAGUACGGCCGCUCGAACCCGGGCCAGGGCCGGCCCGGCGGGGCCCGGCAGCGCUCGCUGGACGCGAGCCGCGUCGCGUACAACGAGCUACUGCAGGACGACGCCGCCUUCUCCGAGUACGAGAGCUGGUCCGAGCGCGGCGGCGGCGGCGACGGCGGCGGCAGCUCCUGCUCCUACUCCUUCGCCUCGACGCCGCUCAAGAGCGCGCCGGGAGGCCGCGGGCCGUCCCGCCACGGCCACGGCCCCGCUUCGGGCCGCUCCACGCCCAGCCUGCGGCGCCGACGCCAUGCGCCGUCCGUGUGCAAGGUCCCGCGCAAGGUGGCGGCCGGCAUGGGCGCCCGGUCGCCCUGGUCCGUGUCGCGCUCCGUCAGCGUCGGGGGCGGCAGCGUCGGCACCUCCUCCGCGGAGGAGGAUGGCGACUGCGAGGACGCGGUGGACAGCGUGAGCGUCUUCUCGGCCCGCUCGCCCGUGUCGCCUCCGCCGCCGCCUUCGCCGGCGCUCGCCCGCUCCCUGCAGCUGGUGCGCAGCAUCGGCGUCCGCGGCCUCCGCGCCCCCAAGGGCAGCGGGAUCCCCACGCCGUCGCGGCGAGGGGCGGCGGCGGCGGCGCCGGCUCGGCCCGGACGCGUAGUGAGCGCAGCGAGCGCAGCACGCCGCGUGGCAAGCCCCCGCCGCGAGGAGGCGCCGGUGCUCUCGGAGGGCGACGCCGUCGGAGCGGAGGAGCGCGGCGCUUGCCGUGAGGACGUUGGCCAGCAGCUGGAGCGGAUGACGCGGCAGCGGGAGGAGAGCGGGGCGGCCACGCGGACCGGGGACCUCGAGCGGAGCCUGGCGAGCGCCGUCGCCGUGCCAAGCCUCCGCGAGCGCCUCCUGGAGGACUGCGCGAGGAUGGCGGAGGAGAGAGCGGCGGGCGACGAGGACUCGAGCCACCUCGUCACGCGACUCAAGGACAGGAUGUCGGAAGGACGCUCCGCUCCCGUGACCUCCGAGGCACGCGAUAGUCCAUCGGAUCGUACUCGCGCGCGCGGGACAGACGGACGGGAUGAGAGGCUGCUGUGUCUGAGGGAGGCUCUGGAAGAGAAGGACUCGGACAUCCGCCGGCUUUGCAGCGUCCUCUCCAGCAACGAGUCCACCAUCGCGAGCCUGGACACGGUGCUCAAGCAGAAGGACGAGGAGCUGAAGCGAUCGAGCGACGCGUUCCUGGAGAUGAUCGACGGCUUGCGGAGCAGCCACGCGCACGCCGCCCGGCAGAAGGACGCCCUCAUCGCGGAGAUGGAGCAGGCGCUGCGCAGGAAGCUCCGCGACACGGAGGAGCUGCUCAGGAGCAGGUCGAGCGGCGGGGACGAGGCGUUGGCGGAGGCGACGGAGCGCUGCGUGGAGCAGCAGCGGCAGCUGCAGCAGGCCCUCGUCGACAGAACCCGGGAGCUCUCCGAGCACCAGCAGGAGGUGGAGAGGACGCUCCGGCUGGUCGUGGACAAGGAGCGCCUGCUCAAGGAGAAGACGGAAGCCUCCUCGACGGCGGAGGGCGAGCUGAGGGCUGAGAUCGAGCGGCUCAAGCGCAGCGCGGUCCAAUCUCCGCGCGGAGCAGGGGCGGGCGACGCUGCUCGGGCGGUGCCCGGAGACACAGAGGCCCCAGAGAGGCCUCACCAAGGAGGCCGGGAUGGAGGCGGUGUCGACACGAAGCUCGUAGCUGAGAACGUGGCGCUGAAGGCCCAGCUCGCCCAGAAGGAGAAGCUCCUCCAGGAGCUCAUGGGAGAGGGCAGCAGGAACGGAGGCCACGGCCGCUACGACUACGACAAUGACGACGCUCACCACCACCUCCCUCCUCCUCGACGACGACAUAGACGACGAUGAGGGGGAUGACGAUUUGCUGCCGGAGUUCCCUCGGUUUGCCACUCGCUCCCCUCCACUGGGGUCCGUCCCUGGAGAGCGAAGCGACGGGGACACGAGUCGCCCACCCGCGGCGGCCUUCAGCAACGGUCUCGAGGCCAAG